UUCUGGUGAUCGCUGUGGAUUAAAAUUUCUAAGGUCUAUGAGAAGGGAUUAGAACAUCUGAGCUUGUAGCAAAAAUUCAAUUCCUUCAAAAUGUAACUUUUAAAAACAGAAAAUUUGUAAGAAAAUUAACAUGGAAACCAUCGUCACAGGAAGAUCCAAGUGCUCUAUGCCCCCAGGAGAUUCGUUUAACAUGCUCAAUAUGAUGAGUGCCAGUAUUCUGACUGUACAUGCUAUUAUUUCUGCUGUUAACAGUCAAAACAACAACAAUAACAACAACAAUAACAACAACAACAACAACAACAACAACAAUGCCAACACAAACUCUAUCUCGGUGUCUGUCAUGAAUACCAACAUGAACAUGGCUGGGAAAAGGGAACUGAGGGAUGAGACAUAUUUGAAUGGUUUGAAUUUUUUGCUCUCGGAGUUACAGGGAUUGAGUAUGUGUGCUUUAAAAAAGAUUGUUGUUCAUCUUGUACAUGAUCAUCGCAAUGACUCACUAAAAUUAAGUAAUAAGGAUGAGUUAAGAAAUCUACUUUUACCAAUGCUGAUUUCAAACAUUGGAAAUAUAGAGCUCAGAAACAGUACUGAACUCAGUCAGUUGUUUCUGGAAUCCGAGAAAAGUAUGUACAACUGUGUACAUGAAGCUGAACUUUGUGUAUCCUGUAGGGCCCUCGCUCCGAUCUCAAUUCAACAUUUUCUAGAUAUGUUAACCUAGGCAUUUUUAAUAUUUUUCUUGUGAUUCAUUUCAAUAAAUGAGUUAAAUAUGAAUAAUUAUUACACUAAUUUAUUUCUGGGU